AUGAGUACCUUUGUGGCAUUAUUGAGUGUGAUAUUGCUUAAGAUCAUCCAAAAAGCAGCUUCUACACAGGCACCUCCUCAGGGCUUCAGAUAUGCCUCUUAUGAUGUGAUCAUCCCAAGGAAACUGUCUCCCAAGUAUGGCCAAGAAGAACCCCAGCAUGUGAGCUACCUCCUGCACAUUGAAGGAAGUCCCCUUGUGGUGUUCCUCAGGCAAAGAAGGAACUUCAUCCCUAAGGUCUUUCCUGUCUUCACCUAUGAUACAGCAGGAGAUCUCCAAGUGGAUCAUCCUUUUAUCAAGGAUGACUGUUUCUACCAUGGAUUUAUUCAGAGAAAGUCCUCUUCUCGGGUCACCCUCAGUACAUGUUCAGGAGGACUGAGAGGUCUCUUGCAAAUUGAAAAUAAGACCUAUGAAAUUGAACCAGUCCAGGAAUCUUCUACCUUUCAACACGUGGUGUUUCGGUUAGAAGUAGAGGAAGGGGCUCGCCGGAUGACUUGUGGAGUAGGAGAGGAAGAGCGGAGCCAUCAACAGGACAUAAUUCCCAAGACAGAGAAUCUUGCAAACAAAGAUGUUUUUGGUAAAUCCUGGUGGCCACAUACAAGAUAUGCUAAGGUAGCAAUUGUGUUCGAUCAUGAACUAUAUUUGCAGUUUAAGAGAAAUGAAUCUUUUAUUACGAUGAGAGUUCUAGAUAUUGUCCACACUGCAAAUUCAUUCUAUGAUUCACUUUCUAUUCAUUUGUCAAUAGCAGGCUUAGUGAUCUGGUCAAAAAACAACCCCAUAAACAUUACCUCUUCAGCAAGUAGGACGCUUUCAUUGUUUAAUAAUUGGAGAAGAAACCAUCUACUUAAAAUUUUAAAAAAUGAUGCUGCUCACCUAUUUUUAUAUCAGCAUUUGGGGACAGUAAUAGGACAUGCUUAUGUUGCAACUAUAUGUAGCAGGGAGUCAGCAAGUGCUAUUGAAUCGUAUAGAGGUACCAGUUUGUUUUGGUUUUCAGGACGAUUUGCUCAUGAACUGGGACACACUCUUGGAAUGUAUCAUGAUAAACGAUAUUGUUAUUGUGGAAAGCCGACUUGCAUUAUGGGAGCCUAUACAUCACUAAGUGAUAAAUUUAGUAACUGCAGUUACCAAGAUUUUUUCCGCCUUAGAAACCAUGGCUGUUUACUUGUCCCACCAGACACUAACACAACAUUUAAGUUUGACUUCUGUGGUAACAAAAGAGUGGAAAAGGGAGAGCAGUGUGACUGUGGGUCAGAAACACAAUGCAAGUCAGAUCCUUGCUGUCAAACUAAUUGUAUGUUGCGCCCGGAGGCUGUUUGUGCCUUUGGACUGUGCUGUGCUAACUGCCAAUAUCAUCAACGUGGAACUGUUUGCCGAGAGAAGAUUAGCAGUUGUGAUCUUCCUGAAUAUUGCAAUGGGACUUCAGAGCACUGUCCAGACGAUGUGCAUGUACAAGAUGGUGCCGUGUGCAAUGAGGGCGUGUAUUGUUAUCAUGGGAACUGCACGACUCAUGAUAUGCAGUGCAAAAUGAUAUUUGGUAGGGGAGCAACAGUUGCUUCUGAAGUUUGCUUCAUAGAAGUAAAUAAUAAAGGUGAUCGCUUUGGCAACUGUGGCCUUAAACAUGGCAUUUACAAGAAAUGCGAUACUGGGGAUAGCCUGUGUGGCCGUAUCCAGUGUAAAGAUAUAGAGAUGCCUUCUUUGGAGGAUCACAGUACAAUAAUUCACACUUCCACCGGAGUUAAUCAAUGCUGGGGCACUGACUACCACACGGGGAUGAAGGUGAAUGAUAUUGGAGCAGUGAGAGACGGUACUCCUUGUGGCAAUAAUACGAUGUGUAUUGAGGGUAGUUGUGUUGAUGUGUCCAUUUUGAAAUACGACUGUAAUGUCACAAUGUGCCACAAUCGGGGAGUAUGUAACACUCUCAAACACUGUCACUGUGAUGAUGGAUGGGCUCCUCCAGACUGCAGAAAUAGAGGCUAUGGAGGUAGCAUAGACAGUGGGCCACUUCCAGUUUCGGUACAGGCUAAAGCUGAUAUGAAAACCACAGCUGUAGCUGGAAUAUUCUGUGCCUUUUGUCUCACAAUUGUUUCUUCUGGCCUGGUUAUCUGGUUCAAGAAUGGGCUGAGAAACCCAUUUGGAAAAUUUCAGGGAAGAGUCCAUGCUACAAAAGCAAAUGAUGAAGGAACACCAGUGUAA